GAGCAAAAGUCUUCAUUCACACUCCUUUGCAGACUCCAUUUAUCUUCUUCCCCGUCUACCGUUUCUCCUUAUCCGUUCAUCUUGUCGGUCUUUUCUUUCCCAGUUCUGUCUUUUGAUUUUCCGUCAAUUUUCUUCUUUGAUCUCUGUCGUUGAUAAUUUGUGAGCUUAAAUUUAGCCAUUGAUUCCGUUGUUGAAUUCAGAUUUUGGGUUCUAGAAUUCCGCGAUCGAGAAUCUGGCGGAAAUUGUUUUACCGGAUCAAGCUGUGAUCGCCGAUUUUUAGCCUACUAUUCGGAGACUCCUGUUACGAGUUUUGGUCGUGAUACGGCCUGAUUUUCGUAUCUAUAAAAGGUAAUGGAUCUUCAAACACUUCCGAGUGUUAAGACUGAUGAUCAAGACCCACUUUAUUUCCCACUGACGAUAAUGAUAGAUAACCCUGAUAGGACGCGAUAUGGGGUCGUUGCAAGGACCAGUUGUUUGCCCUACUUUUCGUGCGAAGCAAGCAGGGUUUUGUUCGUUGCCAAUCAAUCGUUCUUUAAUGGCUUUUAGUUCUCGAAGAGGUGAAUUAUGGGGAUUUACCGGGCUCAACGGUUUGAAUGCUAAGUUACCAGCUAUUUCUCUCAAAGGUUGUGCUAGAAAAUGCAAGACAUUGCGUUGCAGCUUCAGUUCAUCAUCUGACGACAACGGAAGUACAGCCGAGAACUUCAACGAGAAGGAUGAAGAAUAUGUUGAAUCGAGCGUGGUUGAGGCUGUUGAGGUGAAAAGUGGUGCCGAUGGUUUCGUAAUUAAAAUGAGGGAUGGUAGGCACUUAAGGUGUGUUCACAACAACCCUCACGGCGGGCAUCUGCCUGAUUAUGCUCCACAUCCUGCAAUUGUGUUGAAGAUGGAAGAUGGGACUGGUCUUCUUCUUCCCAUAAUCGUGUUGGAAAUGCCGAGCGUGCUGCUUAUGGCUGCUGUGCGCAAUGUUCCAAUUGCCAGACCAACAAUGUAUCAAGUGGUAAAAGAGAUGAUCGACAAGAUGGGUUAUGAAGUCAAACUUGUAAGGGUUACCAAGAGAGUGCAUGAGGCAUAUUUUGCUCAGUUAUACCUCUCAAAGAUUGGUUGUGACACUGACUGCCUCAGCUUUGAUCUCCGACCUUCAGAUGCUAUAAACAUUGCAGUCCGAUGCAAGGUCCCAAUUCAAGUGAACAAGUAUCUUGCAUACAGUGAUGGUAUGAGAGUUGUUGAAAGUGGGAAGCUGUCAGCCCAGGCCCCUGCUACGGAUGGCUUAUUAUUCACCGAACUGGAUAGGCCUAGUGGUCAGCCUUGUGUUGAAGCCAAAGAGUUCAAUCUCAUAAGGAAUAUGCUGAUUGCUGCUGUUGAGGAGCGCUAUAGAGAUGCUGCUCAAUGGAGGGACAAACUCAAUCUCCUAAGGGCUAGGAGGAAUUUGGCAUAACAAGAGUUACUCCUGAAGAUAGCAUACCUGUACAUAGAACGGAAUUGUUCGUGGCCGAGGUCGGUUUGCGUGGGUGAACUAUGUUGCCUCUUGCCUCUUCUACUUGCAUUAUGUAUUUAGCAACUCUGUGAAUAUACAUAUCUAUAUAUAUGUGUAGAUAGAACUUGGUUUCGGGUCCUUGGAUGUGUUGGUGAAAUGCAUGACAUAACCAAUUGCUUUGAUGCUUCACAAUCACAAUGAUGAAGUUCUGAAUGAACUACAUUGCUUAUUUAUAGCAGUGACAAUCGCCAAGAGUCCCAUUUUCCUUUUA